CUUACUCACUGUAAACCCUACUGACACACCAGAAACAACAGAGCCGUAAAUCUGCCUCCAGAUCUGCAGCCUCCUCAUACUCACUUGUAAAGCAAUGAGCGUCUUCUGUCUCCAGUACAGCAGGAGGCGCUGCAGCUCUUUAGUCCGCAAAUAAACGCACUAAAGAAAGAAAGAGCGCGCGUGUGAUGUGUUUGUGUAUCCUCAGUGUUUUUCUCUCUUGCGUGUUUCACUGAGUGUAAACAGAGUCUUGUCUCUGUGUAUUUAAGUGUUGAGACGACGUUGAUGUUGAGAUGCGCUGUGCUGUAAAUGAGUAGGAACUGAUCUGUCCGUGCUGGAUAUAUUGAUGAUUUCAUUACAGAAAUCUCUCAGCUGAAGAAAGAGGUGGCGUUACUGGAUACAAAGCUGAUAUCAAGUGGAGAUUUAGCAAUGAAACGAGAGGAUGUGGAUUGUUGUGAAUCUUCAGUGUAUGUAACUGAUGAUGGGAGUCUGGAUUCAGUGUGGAUGAGCAGAGAUCAGAGCCGCACACCACAGACACUGCUGGACUCUAAACUCUCUGAAGAGAAAUCCAGACACACACAGGACUCCGAUCUCAGUCUGACUUUACUCUGUUAUACUGAGUCAAAGCUCACAGACACUCAGGACACUACAGUGUGUGACAGUAAACAGAGCUUACAGGAGGAUCAAACCUCAACAGAGUCUCUGGAUUCUGUCUGUAACGCUGGAGAACAGCAGCAGACCAAACUGAAGAUGUGUUCAGUUAAAAUCAUUGACUGCACGAACCUCAUGAUGAAGAUUAAAACUGAACCCACAGAAAUCAAAACUGAACCCACAGAAAUCAAAACUGAACCCACAGAAAUCAAAACUGAACCCACAGAAAUCAAAACUGAACUCACAGAAAUCAAAACUGAACUCACAGAAAUCAAAACUGAACUCACAGAAAUCAAAACUGAACCCACAGAAGAGGAAGAUCGCCCUGAUGAAGAUGAUGACUUUAUUUCAUCAGAUGUGAAGAGCGAUUCAUGUUUGGAUAUAGAAAUAACGUCCUCAACAUCAAAAGGGCGACUGACAGCACAAACUCUUUCCUGCAUCACCUGUGGAAAGACAUUCAGCUCACAGAGACAUUUAGAGAGACAUGAGAGAAAACACACAGAACAGAAACUCUUCACCAGAUCUGAGAUCAGCUUUACUACCUUACAAGAGAAGAAACUUCAUUCAGAAGACCACAGAGAGAAGAAGAAGAAGAAGCAGUUUUACUGUGAGCAGUGUGGGAAGAUUUGUCUCUCUUCCUCUGAUCUAAAUGUUCACAUGAGGACACACACUGGUGAAAAGCCUUUCAACUGCACUGAAUGUGGAAAAUACUUCACAACCAAACAAUAUCUUAAAGUUCAUCAGAGAGUUCACACAGGAGAAAAACCUUACAAGUGUCCUCACUGUGAGAAGAGAUUUAGGUAUAAAUAUAAUCUGAAGAGACAUGUGCGUUCACACACCAAUGAGAGACCGUAUCAGUGCAGUGAAUGUGACAAAACCUUUAGGGAUUUACGUUCAUUAAAAUCACACCAGAAUACUCACAUUCAAGAGAAACUCUAUCAGUGUUCACACUGUGAUGAAUGUUACGGUCAUAAAUAUCAGCUGAUAACCCAUCAGAGAAUUCACACUGGAGAGAAACCUUACGUCUGCGCUCAUUGUGGAAAGAGCUUCACUAAUUCAUCUAAAUUCAGAGUCCAUCAGAGAGUUCAUACUGGAGAGAAACCUUACGCCUGCGUUCAUUGUGGAAAGAGAUUCACUAGUUCAUCUAAUGUAAGAGUUCAUGAGAGAGUUCAUACUGGAGAGAAACCUUAUCACUGUAGUGUCUGUGGGAAGAGUUUUAGUGUAAAGCAUACAUUAUUAAAGCACAAGAGAAUUCAUACAGGUGAAAAACCUUUCAAAUGCUCUCAGUGUGACAAGACGUUUGCUUGUUCAAGUAGCUUAAUAAACCACAAAAGAGUUCAUACUGGAGAGAAACCUCAUUACUGUAGUGUGUGUGGAAAGAGUUUUAGUCAACAGUCACCCUUAAUAAGGCACCAGAGAAUUCAUACAGGUGAAAAACCUUACAAAUGCUCUCAGUGUGAUAAGACUUUUUCUAAGUCAGAUCACUUAAAAUCUCAUCAGAGACUUCAUACUGGAGAGAAACCAUAAAGGAACAGUAUGUAAGAAAUUUAUAUAAAUGAAUCAUAAAAUGGCCCUGAUAUGUCACUAGACAUUAAUAAUUAAUUUUCAUUUCAAAUAUUUAUAUCACUGACAUCAGUGGCCUGGCAAGGAUAUUGUCAUUUAAAAAGUGGAGUUGCAGUCCUCAACUGAUGUUUAUGUUGUCAUUUUGCGUAUUGGCCACUAGUUGUGUGAUUGCAGUACCAGUUUUGGCCACAAUCCUACAUACUGUUCUUUUAACACUGUAAUGUUUGUGGGAAGAUUUUUAGCCAACAGUGAAACUAACUUAAAGGUCACGUUUUCCUAAUCCUAUUUUUUAAACCCUAGUUAGUUUGUAAUGUUGCUAUAAUAGCAUAAAUAAUACUUGUAAAAUGAUAAAGCUGCCAGGCGAUAUAUUUUCUUUAACAUAAUUCGCCUUUCAAAGCUUACAGCGAACGGCCGGUUUGGACUACAGACCUCUACUUCCUGUUUUAAUGACUACAAUAGAACAGUUUUUGACUAAACCUGCCCACAGGAAUAUGUCAGUCACCAGCUAAGCUAACGGCAAGCUAAUCAGCCUGUUUUGAGGACAGUGAAAACAGGGGCCUGUUCUUUGUACGUUGCUUAUUACAUCCGAGAUCAAAUGACACAUCCGAGAUGUUUAGAUCUCGCUAAUUAUGAUCUCGCUUAUUUGGUUCUUUGAACACCACUGCUGUUGAUGAUUAGUAUGGCAGGAUUGAAUUAUCUGCGAUCACUGCGCGUUCGUGCACUGCAAGAAAAGUCAAUACAUAUCGAUAGUAGAAACACUGAUCAGCAACGCUGUGAUUGGCCAGUUGUUACAAUGGCCAAGAAAACACCCAUUUUUUAACCCCUGCAGUCUGAGAGCUAUUGAUGGAAGGUUGUGAAUUUUUAUGUGACUGAAUUUAAAACCACAGUUAAAGCUACUUUAGUACAUAAAUCACCAUAAAUAAUGUAACAUUUUCUGUAAAAAUAUAAUCUUGAUAUCUUUACUAUGCUUGUCAAAUAUUGAAAUUAAUGGUUGUAAUUAAAAUUUGAUGCUCCUAAAGUACUUUAAGUCUCUUUUAAAAACAGUUAAAUGCUGUUUUAUCUGUUUGAAACAGCAACUUAAAAAGCAGAAUAAAAAAACACAGGUGGUGGUCCUGCAUCCUCAUGUGAUGUGCUGGCAGGAGUGAUGUCUCUAAACUGAUUGAUUGUACAGAUCAUCUCUGGAGGCAGCUGCUCUCGUAAACCCACAGCCAACGCAACAAUUUCAUUUCUGAUAAAUAAAAUUCGAAUUGUAGUGUA